ACCAUUUUAUAUUUUAACAGAGCGAUAAAUGGAAAGGAUAAUGCCGUAUAAUCAUUAACAAAAACAAGCAAAUAUUAUUUCGCGUAUAAAAACUUCUAGUGCGUCGUAAACAUUAGUGUCGCUAAUCAACUUAUAAUCUAUUUCAUGUCUGACUUAACUUUAUGGGAAACAAUACACCACAAUUUUAAUGUCAAAAUCAGACUUUGUGGUGAUUUGUUUACAUACAAGAUAUGAGAAAAUAAAUUUUCUUUAAAUCAUGUACUACCUGUAAUUUAUAAUUUACAUUACAAACUUUAGUUAAGUUACAUGUAGUCAGGACUUCGUGACGCAAAGAAAAUCGUUUAUGUUUGGGAUUAUGUUUAUUUAUUGUUUUACCAAUGCCGAAGAUUAAUCGGAAGUGCGUCUUGUGCAAAGCUACCUGCGAUGAGAGUAAAGGCAUCACCUUGCAUCGAUUUCCAAAAUCUUCUAUCGCGCAUAACAUUCGAGCUGAGACAUGGGCAAAAUUCUGUUUCCCAGACAAGGAUUGGUCAUCACCAGAAUUCCAGGAUCAAAUGAAUGCUCAACAUAUAAUGUUGUGCAGCAAACAUUUUAAAAGUACAUGCUUCGUAGAAAAUAAACUGUCUCGGAAUGCAGUACCAACGGAAGAGGUUGGAAGGCAUGAGCAAGAGAAUGUUGAAAAGUUGGUUGAUGAGAAACACCUUGAAGCACAGACAUCAAAACUAUUUCAGGAAGACAAAAAUAAUACAGAUGGACCACAGGCACCAACAAGGUUAGAAAUAUGUAUAGACAGUUUGGAGUCAGCGAUUAACGCGAUCCAUGGUGGUGCUGAUGAGCUGGAGGUGUGCAGUUCUCUGUCCGAAGGCGGGCUUACUCCAACUGUGGGUCUUGUCAAACAAAUUAAGGAAAUGGUCAGUAAUAUAGAAGCCGGAAAACAGAUCCGUAAAUCAUGUCGCGCAUGCGGUUGCGAUAAAUUAACGAAGGCACCAAAAGUGAACGUAAUGAUCAGAUGCCGGACCGGCUCCGACUUUCAUUAUUCGGAGGAGGAAAUGGACACGAUGUUAUCAGAUGUAGACGUGUUCAAAGACAUCGGUGUUGACAGAUUUGUUUUUGGCGCCCUCACGGAUACUCAACAGAUCGAUAAAAAUAGUUGUCUGGAGUUUAUGCAGGCGGCUUGUCCCGUACCCUUAACAUUUCACAGAGCCUUCGAUGUAUGCACUGAUUCUACGGCUGCUGUUGAAAAAUUAAUCGAACUUGGUUUUAGUAGACUUAUGACAAGCGGACAAAGAGCCAGCGCAAAUGAAGAUGAAGCUAUCAAUUUGAUACAGUUGCUGAUGAAACAGUUUGGUAGCAAUAUUGAGAUAAUGCCCGGAGCGGGAAUAAAUCUCCACAAUGCGAAGACUUGGGUUGAUAUGGGAUGUACAAUUGUCCACAGUUCUUGUAAGCGUAUACAAUUUUUACCGAAAGUUAAAAAUAGCUUGAGUAUGGGCACAAGUGAUAGUGAACAUAUUUAUGUCUGUGAUGAGAAUACUGUACAUAGAAUGAAGCUAUUACUGAAUCACCGAUAUAAAUAAUGCGGUGACGAAGAAAAGACUGGCUAUCAGCGUAAAUAAUAAAAAAAAACAAAGUUUUAUAAAUAUUCCAUGUUUUAUACGUAUCUUUUAAGUAAAGUUUUGUAUCGCGUUUAUUAUCAUCAAAUGUUUUAAUAUAAAUAUAAAUUCAAUCGUUGA